GGGCGGGGAGAGCAGGACCAGAGCGACGGGGAGGGGCCGGCCGGGGAGAGCAGGAGUAGAAGCGAGGCUCGGCAGCAGGCGGGGAGCCAGGGCGCCCCGGGGUCCGGCACGCUCCGGGGAGGGUACUGGGAGGGCUCCCGGGAGCGCCACCGGGAGAGGAAGGUGAAGCGCAGGGCCAAGCGCACGAAGCAGGUCGAGAGUAAGUACCGGCUGGAGAAGAAGCCCAACCUCCCGCAGGAGCGGAGGCAGGCGGAGACCCAGAAGAACGUGGUCUUGAAGGGGGAGACGAGCGAAGCCUGUCCCUGCUGGUUGUCGGAGCAGCGACGACGGCCGCCCACCAUCCAAAUCAGCCUCUCCCCCAAACCUCGCCGCCAGUCGCAGUGGUCCUCGCUCUGCCACACCUCGGUCAGUGUCAUUAACGAGCUGGCGCAGAUGGGCGACCCAGACGUCCUGGAAAUGGUGCAGGAGGAAGAGAGAAUAUCCAAUAGAGAAGCAGAAUAUAUUUUUGGAAUGAAUGAGCAGUCCCUGAGCAGCAGAGAGACCAGCUUUCUCAUCAGUGAAGAACCAGCGUCUGCAAAGCGAUACAAUUUGUUCCUGAAGCGACGUCUUUUGUUUAAAAAAGAUGAACAAAGCAAAGAUUCUAUCUUCUUCCGAGAUGGGAUUAGGCAAAUUGAUUUUGUGCUCUCCUAUGUUGAUGAUUUAAAGAAAGAAGCAGACCCCAAGGCGGAAAGGAGAAAAGAAUUUGAACAAAAUCUCAGAAAAACAGGUCUUGAGUUGGAAAUUGAAGACAAAAGGAACUCUGAAGAUGGAAAGACGUAUUUUGUCAAGAUCCACGCCCCUUGGGAGGUCCUAGUUACUUAUGCUGAAGUGUUGGGAAUCAAGAUGCCUAUUAAGGAGAGCGAUAUUCCUCUGCCUGAGAAUAUCCCAUUCAGCUGUAUGCUUGAGCCUCUGAAGCUCCCAAAGAAUGUGAAGCACCCUCAUCCUGAAUAUUUCACUGCCCAGUUCACCAGACAUCGGCAGGAACUCUUCCUCAUUGAAGACAAAUCAAGCUUCUUUCCAUCCUCAUCAAGAAACAGAAUUGUUUAUUAUAUUCUCUCACGGUGUCCUUUUGGCGUAGAAGAUGGGAAGAAAAAGUUUGGGAUUGAAAGACUGCUAACUUCUAAUACCUAUUCAUCUGCCUAUCCACUCCAUGAUGGUCAAUAUUGGAAGCCAUCAGAACCUCCUAACCCUGUCAACGAGAGGUACACACUUUGCCAGAAUUGGGCUCGGUUUUCCUAUUUUUACAAGGAGCAGCCUUUAGAUUUGAUUAGGGAUUAUUAUGGAGAAAAGAUUGGCAUGUAUUUUGUCUUUCUUGGAUUUUACACGGAAAUGCUGUCCUUUGCGGCUGUCGUUGGCUUAGCUUGUUUCAUUUACGGCUUAUUAUCAAUGGAUAAUAACUCAAGCAGCACUGAAAUCUGUGACCCUAAGAUUGGAGGGCAGAUUAUCAUGUGCCCGCUCUGUGAUCUAGUGUGUGAUUAUUGGAGACUAAAUACUACGUGUUUGGCUUCAAAGAUCUCGCAUUUGUUUGAUAACGAGUCCACAGUGUUCUUUGCAAUAUUCAUGGGAAUUUGGGUCACAUUGUUUUUGGAGUUUUGGAAACAGCGACAAGCCAGAAUGGAAUAUGAGUGGGACCUGGUGGACUUUGAAGAGGAACAGCAGCAGCUUCAGCUGAGACCUGAAUUUGAAGCUAUGUGUAAACACAGGAAAAUAAAUGCAGUAACUAAGGAGAUGGAACCUUAUAUGCCUCUAUAUAGUCGCCUUCCAUGGUACUUUUUAUCAGGAGCUACGGUGACGUUAUGGAUGGCUCUUGUCAUUGCCUGUAUGGUAGCUGUGAUUGUGUACCGCCUGUCAGUCUUUGCUACAUUUGCUAGCUUUAUGGAAAGCGAAGCAUCCUUUAAGCACGUCAAAAGUUUCCUCACUCCCCAGAUAACUACAUCACUCAGUGGAUCCUGCUUAAACUUUAUCGUCAUCUUGAUCUUGAAUUUCUUUUAUGAAAAGAUAUCUGCGUGGAUUACAAAAAUGGAAAUUCCUCGAACUUACCAGGAAUAUGAGAGCAGUCUUACCUUGAAAAUGUUCCUGUUUCAGUUUGUAAAUUUUUACUCGUCCUGCUUCUAUGUAGCUUUCUUUAAAGGGAAGUUCGUGGGCUAUCCCGGAAAAUACACAUAUUUGUUUAAUGUGUGGAGAAGUGAAGAGUGUGAUCCUGGAGGCUGUCUAAUAGAAUUGACGACCCAGUUGACCAUCAUAAUGACUGGGAAACAGAUCUUUGGAAACAUUAAAGAAGCCAUUUAUCCUAUGGUUCUGAAUUGGUGGAGACGUCGAAAAGCUCGGACCAAUUCCGAAAAGCUAUACAGUCGAUGGGAGCAGGAUCAUGACCUUGAAACUUUUGGAUCUCUUGGGCUGUUCUAUGAGUACUUAGAAACAGUUAUCCAAUUUGGAUUUGUCACAUUAUUUGUGGCCUCUUUUCCUUUGGCUCCUCUUCUUGCUCUCUUGAAUAAUAUUAUAGAGAUCCGAGUAGAUGCCUGGAAACUUACAACUCAGUACAGGAGACCGGUAGCUGCUAAAGCUCAUAGCAUAGGUGUUUGGCAAGACAUUCUUUAUGGAAUGGCUGUCCUUUCUGUUGCAACUAAUGCUUUUAUUGUUGCAUUUACCUCGGACAUCAUUCCCCGUUUAGUUUACUACUAUGCCUACUCAAAGGAUGCCACUGCACCCAUGAAAGGAUAUGUCAAUGACAGCCUGUCAACAUUCCUGAUAGCUGAUUUUCCAAACCACACUGCACCUUGGGAGAAACGAGACUUCACCACUUGCAGGUACAGGGAUUACAGAUAUCCACCUGAUCAUGACCAGAAAUAUUUUCAUAAUAUGCAGUACUGGCACGUCCUUGCUGCCAAGAUGACUUUCAUCAUUGUUAUGGAACACGUUGUGUUUUUAGUUAAAUUUUUGUUGGCCUGGAUGAUUCCUGAUGUUCCAAAAGAUGUUCUGGAGAGAAUCAAGAGAGAAAAGUUAAUGACUAUCAAGAUUCUCCAUGACUUUGAGCUUAACAAAUUAAAAGAGAACUUGAGAGCUAAUUCAAGUGAACUUGCCAAAGAAGUCCUGAUUCAGGAAAACAAAACACAACUGGCUAAAUCAACAGUCUAAUCAACAUAAUGAACAAGCCACUGGUUGCCUGUUAGGCUUCACAAUUUUCCGUGGGUUUUCAGGCCAGAGGCCAGAAGCCACAUGUCAGUUUCACCCUGCCUCCUCCUCUUCCUUCUUCUUUUUUAACUGAGAGUUUUCUGUACCCUUUUACAGAGGCCAACUUUGUGAGGUUGGAAGAAUACCACUUGUCUGCUUCAUUGACUGAGCCCUCUGCAGAUAUUGUUUUCUGGAGUUCUAGAAAUGAUUGUUAAGAGUGCAUAUCAAAUCAGAAUAGUGGAAAAUCAUGGGAUGUUGCAGUUUAGAAUUAAACACUGGACUUGGGCUAUCCCAUCAUGUUCCAGUGCAUCUGCACAUUUUCAUGGUCUCCUAUUGGGUUGUUUUAUAACUUCUUCCCAUCAAGAAAAAUGUUGGGACAUGGAGAAAAGAAGUGAAGAGGCCGACUGAGCCAUCUAUAUCCUGCCAUCUUCGACCAUGUGAAUGAAACCCCCAAAUUAAACGACUUAAGAAAACUCACUUAUUAAAUGCGUUGAGUAAAUAUCAUGGCAGGGAUUUGUUUUUGAAAUCAUCCUGAAUAAGGUAAACUUCCAUCAGAAUCCCAGAUAGCCCUUCCAGGUCAAUGCAGAAUUGAUUUUUCAAGAGACUGGACAUUUGGGUUUCAACAAAAGUCUAACAUCUCAGUUCUUUAAAGACGACAUUUUGGUAACGGCAAUUUCAGGUGUGGAUUGUUAUCUGGAAAACAGCAUUAAGUUGUUAGAUUGCUUCAGUUCUUUAAGUAAAUGAAAGAUAUUGUAGAGAAGUAAAUGUGUCUUCUUACUAGUUAACAAACACAAGACAAUGAAUAUUGAUUAAUUUGUUGAGCUUAAUCUAUAAAAAAUCGUUGAAUUUUUUAAAAUCAUUUUUCUUCUACAAUGUGUAUUUUGCAUCAUGAAACCUGUUUGAGCAUUAGCUCUUUGUAUAAGUUAGGUACAAGUUGUUUAUGAAAUUUGAUCUCUCUGUUUAAAGCGAUCUCAAGUCUUUUAAUGGGUUUACACUGUUUUCUAUUGAUGCAUUCAUUGCUCCAUAGAGUGCUCAGUGCCUUGUCCCUAUGCCUUUGACACACAAGAAGUGGUUGUGCUGUUCAUCUGAUGUGAUGUAACAUCUCAAAUGUUAGCUUCUUUUAGAGAAAUUGUCAAUUUAACAUUAUUCAUGGAGUUUAACACCAAAAGAUCAACCAAGGAAGAAGGGGGUGAUGGAUUUGAUAGCUAAGUGAGAAAAAAUUAAUUGAAUGAUUUCUCUCAUAUGUAGGCCUAUGGCACAUGUACACCUGUUCUUCUUUCUCUUAAAAAUACUUCAUCCAUAUUUUUAACAUUAUAGAGUGAGAGAUACAGUUCAGUUAUAUAGUAUUUACGUCCGUAGCUUCAAAUUACACUUCAGUUCCAAAAAAAUGGUGUUUUUUUAAAUUGUAUACAAAAGGAGAAACUUUAUCACAAGAUUUUUUUAGGUAGUAUUUCAUUAUUUGAUCCUAAUACAUUUUUGUAGAAUUGCCAAUAUUAAGUAUAUGGCAGGUGGUAUUAACUGGUGUUCAGUAUUAAGCAUUUAGAAAUGAGGAUUAUGAAUUUUAUAAAACCAUGAGACAGUUACCCCAAUAUUGGCAAUAAUGAUUUGGCAUCCACUGGGUAUAUUUUAUAAAAAAAACAUUUUUGUGUAAUUUAAAAUGAUCUCAUUAUUGAAAAAAUGAUUUCAUAAGAAGAGGAGACCUAUUUUUUGCUUGAGAACACCAGUCAAUGUUACUAUGAAAUAAGCCACAGAUGCAGUAUCUUUGGCUUGUGAAAUCAAACUCUUUGUUACUACAGUGUUGUCCCUUGUGCACAGCUCAUACAUAUUGCUUUCUUCCAGGUGCUAAUAAAAAUAAGGAAGAGUGUGGAAA